AUGAAGUUUUUAACGAAAGAAUGGCGCGAAUAUGGUCGUGCACCUAUUCACUGGGCUGCUUCGAAAGGGAACACGGAAAUCAUUGAGAUGCUGAUUAAAACUAAAUGUGACAUUGAAGCAAAAGAUAAGUUUGGUAUGCGACCAUUGCAUAUGGCUGCGUGGUACGGACACGAGGAUGCUGUUAAAGUUUUGAUAAACGCCGGUGCUAAUGUUUUUGCAGUUAACAAGAAACAAUAUACUUUACUAAUGUGUGGUGCUCGUGGGAAUAAUGUCAACGUCGUAAAAUAUCUUGCGGAAGCUGUGGAAUCCUUGAAUGGAGAUGCAACGGAUUACACAGGUGCAACUGCAUUACAUCAUGCAGCCGUCGCAGGACAUCCUGGUGUAAUAUCCGCGAUAUGUAACAUUCCAAAAACAGAAUUGAAUGCGACAGAUCAAAAAGGACAAGCACCGAUACAUUGUGCUUGCACCGAGGAACAUUUAGAAGCCGUAAAGGUUUUGAUUGAAUUAGGAGCUAACAUAAAUGCUCAAGACAAUGAAGGAAAUACUCCGCUUCAUGUGGCAACACGAAUGAGGCAAAUCGAGAUGGUUCAGCUUCUAUUGAAAGUUGGAGCAAACAUCGACUUGACCGAUCAGAUGGGUUUCACUCCGCUUCACCUAGCAGCGAGUCACGGUUGCAAGGGUAUUUUGGAAUUACUCAUACAAAAUGGUGCAGCCUUGAAUAAAAAGUGCAAGAACGGGAAUACUGCAUUACACUUGGCGUGUCAAAAUAACGAAGUGGACACGGUGGAAAUAUUAAUAAACAAAGGCGUUGAUAUUAAUAGUUUCAACUUGAGAUUGCAAUCAUCGAUACACAUUGCAGCAGAAAUGGGACACACCGAGAUAUGCGAACUUUUGUUGGCAUCCGGUGCAAAUAUCGAACAAAAAGAAAAGAGUGGUAGAACACCACUUUACGUUGCAGCAAGGGGUAGUUUUACUGCAAUAGUUGAUAUGAUUAUUAAAACUGCUCGAUUGGAUUAUCCGACACCAGAAAAUUCGGACUCGGAUAAAGAAAUUCGCGAAUUAACACCAGCACGAAGACGUUGGAGGGAAGAUACUCGAGGUGUGUUUAUGGAAAAUAUGAAUAAUGGUAACGGUGCACUCACCGAAACGAUUAGAUCAGUUUUGUGGAAGCUGGCGUAUAAACAAUUGGGACCAGGAGAUUGGAAGAAAAUGGCCCAACAUUGGGCUUUCAGUCACGAACAAAUUAGGGCUAUUGAACAUCAGUAUACUGGUUCCUCGAGUUACAAGGAACACGGAUUUCGGAUGUUGUUGAUUUGGGCCUCGGGAUUAAAUUCGGAAACACCAUUAGUUAAAGAAUUAUGCAAAACUUUACGAACGAUUAACAAGAAGAGUCUAGCUGAUUCCAUUCAAAAACAAACGGAUCUGGAGAAUGACGCGAAAUUGAAUUCGAAUAAACAAAGUUGUCACAAAUGUUCGAUUUCAUGAAAAUUGCUUUUCAUUCGAUUGAAUAUUACGAUUAAUUUUACAUUAACAACAAAUGAUCGAAGAAUGUUUUUACGCGUCCACAUAUUUAUAACACACCAUCCGUCAAUUUAUUAUCGAUUUUCAAAAGUGUUGUUGAACUUUUUACACCUAAACAAAAAUUAUUCUCAUCGAUAAUAAAUAAGGCCUUUUUAUUAAUCGAUGUCAUAAUAUGUUAUACGUCUAAAUUAUACGUAAAUAAUUCAAUUUAAUUAUAAAACAAAGAAAGAGUGAAGAUUAUCAAAGAGAAUAUAUCAUUUAAUAAUACAAUAUUUAUAUUAAUAACAUAUUAACUGUGUAAUACGUCAGAGUAUUCAAGAUAAUUAAUAUGAUUUUUUAAACGAAAAAAAGAACCCCCAUGAAAAAUUUCAAUAACCAAGAGAUAAAUAUACUUACCAUUUAAUAUAAUCCAUCUUCGUUUUUUUCCUCUGUAUGUGUGGAUUCAUUUCUUUUGAUAUUCUUCACAAAUUUUAACAUAACAAAUUUAUAUAAUACACAUAAUCUAUACAAUAUGUAAAAAUAAAGUCACAAUUUGAUCAGGU